UCUCUCGUUCGAAUUUCAGAUCUUUACCAAAUCACCAUGGCGUACGCGUACUGGAAAGCGGGGAAGACUAAGGAACAUGCCGUGUUCAACUUGUUCUUCCGCAAGAACCCGUUCCACGGGGAGUUCACCAUCUUCGCGGGCUUAGAGGAGUGUCUGAAGUUCGUGCAGAACUUCCGGUACUCAACCACAGACAUCGCGUACCUACAGUCGGUGCUGCCCGACAGCGUGGAGCCCGAGUUCUUCGACUUCUUGCGCCAGCUGACCGCCGAGGACGUGGUAGUGCACGCGCUCGACGAGGGCGAAGUGGCCUUUCCCAGGGUGCCGCUGCUGGUGGUGGAGGGGCCGCUGAUCGUCUGCCAGCUGCUGGAAACGACCCUGCUGACGCUGGUCAACUUCGCCAGUCUGAUGGCGACCAACGCCGCCCGCUACCGCAUGGCGGCCGGGCUGGAGAUCCGCCUGCUCGAGUUCGGCCUGCGGCGCUCGCAGGGGCCCGACGGCGGCCUGUCCGCCUCCAAGUACGCCUACAUGGGCGGCUUCGACGGCACGAGCAACGUGCUCGCCGGCAAGCUCUUCAACAUCCCUGUGAAUGGGACGCACGCGCACGCCUACGUGACUUCGUUCUCGGAGCUGGAUGAGCUGCAGAACAAGUGCCUGGUCCCCAACGGGGGCGGGGAGCCAGUGGAUAUUCUGGCACUGGCUCUCGCCUGGCGGGAGAAGCUGGCACUUCUGUUUAUGGUUCUUCCGGAAGAGGCCUCUACUGGCGAGCUGGCUGCGUUCCUUAGCUUCGCCAUGGCCUAUCCGAAUGGAUUCUUGGCCCUUAUUGACACGUAUGAGGUUUACAGGUCGGGACUGCUGAACUUCUGCGCCGUGGCGCUGGCGCUGCACGAGCUGAACUACCGGGCGCUGGGCGUGCGCAUCGACAGCGGCGACCUGGCCUAUCUGUCGCGCACCGCCCGCGACAUGUUCGAGAAGAUCAGCAGGGAGUACGACAUUCCAUGGUUCGCCACGCUGACGAUCGUCGCCUCCAACGACAUCAACGAGGAGACCAUCAUAUCGCUGAACGAGCAGGAACACAGCAUCAACUGCUUCGGCAUCGGCACCCACCUGGUGACUUGUCAACGCCAGCCGGCCCUGGGCUGCGUCUACAAGCUGGUGGAGAUCAACGGCAAGCCACGCAUGAAGCUCAGCCAGGAGGUGGAGAAGGUCACCAUUCCGGGCCGCUCGGCCUGCUACCGGCUCUUCGGCAAGGACGACUCGGCGCUGAUUGACCUGAUGACGAGGUACGACGAGCCGGCACCGGACGCCACCGGCGUCCAGAAGACCCUCUGCCGCCACCCCUUCCAGGAGAAGAUGCGCACCUACGUCAGCCCCUCCAAGGUGGUCAACCUGCACCGGACUUACUGGAAGGACAACAAGGUGCAGCUGCCGCUGCCGACGCUCUUCGAGGUUCGGCAGCGCGUGCAGCAGUCGCUGAGAUGUCUGCGCAAGGACAUCAAACGCAACCUGAACCCGACGCCGUACAAGGUGGGCGUGUCCGUGGAGCUGUACAAGUUCCUGCACGACCUGUGGCUGGAGCACGCGCCGAUUGGGGAGCUGGUCUGAUGGCCGCCGACCGCCCGUGGCUCGGCUCGAGCCAGCCGGCCACAUAGCAUCACCACACGGGCACGGCAGCAAGAGCGCUGCGGAGGCGUGAUGCAGCCUGCCAGCCACGCUCCGGUCCGAAGACACGGCUGUCGCCAGCGUCUAACCCGCCUGUAGACGUAUGGUAGAUGAUGACGUUCGCAUUGACGCCACAUUGUGGCUCGGCGGGAUUUCCGCCGACACUACGUUGGUGUUUCGCAUUGCGCCUUUGACGUUCACUGCUUUCUUUGACGCUUGCCUCUUCAAACGCUGUGUCGCAGUCGCCAUUUGAGUCUCCUUUUUAUCAACACCACGUUUUAAGAGAGCGUUGUUUAAAUUAGUGGUAACGACAUGUGUUAGCGCGACACCGGUUGAACUUUCCAUACUUGAAAUGCAAGUAGCCGACUAAAGUUGCGCUGCGUCAGCAUUGUCCGCCAUAAUGCUAAGCUUUGUAAGCUGCCAGCAUUACCUUGUUAAAAAGCGUUGGUUACCUUGGUCGAGGUAGGCCCAUGCAAUUAGUGCCGACGGUCGUAUUGCAAUGCGACGUGGCGCGUCGGCUUGGCUUUGAAUCCGCGCCGAACCACAUGGCGAGUACAAAGUCUGCCAAUACUCCUGGAUUCGCUGUAUGAUGAUGGAUUGCAUAUAUUUUCUUGUCAGGCAUCACAUACAUCCGAAAAUGUGAUGGUGCUGCUUACACGGCUCGUGCUUACUAAACGUAAACAUGGACUCUCCGCGAUAGAUAGCUGAAAACUAAUCUUUGAACCACGUUCCAAAUUGUACGCACAAAUUGGGUACGAUGCGAGAAAAAUAGUUAUUCUGGUGAACUGCUUUGCGAGAUGUGGCAAAUGGUCGUUUAAGCAAUAACAAAUAUAGAACUUGCAAUUUGACUCCUGUAUCACACGUUUUGCAAGUUGCAGUAUAUCGCGGCUUGUUCUUUUUCUGUGAGUCAUGUAGUGUAUGCAUUCCAACAGCCUGUGCGUCGCUAUUCGUGUGCUGUGUAUUGCACGGUUUUGGUGGCCUUCAUUCGUUGUUGGCGCCGGUUUGGAAUGCCUGCGGUAUGGGUAUUGAGCUAAUAAAUAUUCCAGUUUUCAUGACCUU